AUGUCGUCCUGUUUCGGAUUUCGAAAGAAGGCGUCGACAGGCGACCGAGAGCCUCUUCUGCCACAAUAUGAGGACGACACAGAGCUGCAGCGGAAGCUGCACCAAAAGCUCCACACCUACCAGAUGUUCCGCGCAUUGACCCAAGGACACAUGCCCAGUACUGAACAGGCCAUCAUCAAUCUUCGGACCCUUCUUGCGAGUGAUGUCCUCAAUGCAGACAACCCCGAUCUGUCGCAAAGUGGACGAAGACUGGUCAAAAACACGAGACAGUGGAUCCAACAGCUUAUGGAUCUGAUACUGCACAAGAACGACAGAGAUCAGAUUCAGGAUAUCAUUUGGUUUUUGAGCAAGAGCAGAGUAUCGGUCGACCUCGACGAUAUCGCGGAAACAGCGAGGAGAAGCAAAGCCAAGGCAGACACAGCCGCUGCCUACCAGAGCUUGCGGACGGUUGGCUCGCUACUUCUCACGAAUUCUGACUUUCGAAUAUUCUUGAGUGAUCUUAAUGUCAUCGGCAGAGAGGUCUUCAAGGACUCAGCGUUUGCUCUUUCAAAUGCCGCUGAAGAAGCUGGAAAGAAGUUGGAGCCAUCUACGGAAGAGCAGCAGCAGGUUGCAAAGCCUGGAGCGGAUGCAAACAAAGAGGCACCAUCUACGCAGGAGCUUGAGGGAGAUGUUGCGGAAGUCAGCAAGAUCGUAGCAAACGGUUCCGCCGAGGUCGCCCAGACAGCUGCCGAGAGCACGGCAGACAGACUGUCUGGUGACGAGGGCAAGACUUUGGUCAAUCGUCUGAAACAAGUCGUGACCAACCUGAGAAAGCGCGACGACUACUCCGAAUCGGUAUCAACUCUGUCGCUUCUUCUGCAGCGCUAUGCCAAAGCAUAUUCGCGAGUAGCAGAAGACGUCGGCGAAGUGGCACAGCGCGAUGUGCACGAGAACGAGGCUAUGGAUCGCGCCUUGCACAACAUAUGGAUCUUCGUGACGAGCUUUGGUGACAAGAAGGAAUGGGAGAAGACUGAGGAGCUCUACAACCAAGUCAUGAGCCAUCGGGAAAAGGAUCCGCAAUUUGAAGAGAUGAUGGUAGAUACGGGUAACUCGCUGCAAAAGUUGUUGACAGAUCCUGAAUUCUUUGAGAACGCUCAAGAAAAGUUCAAAGAGCUUAGAAACAAGAAUCAGGAGACUGGAUCAGACAGCAAUCUUGGCAAGGACGUUCAGGCGUUACUGCAUCAGAUCGAGAACACCUUCCAGAGCGUUCUACAAGACGAGGACAUCCACAAUCUGAUCACGACCACGCUACGCAUCUUCAGCAUCCUCUCGCCGGUGAACAGAGCCACCAACCCUGAGCUGCUCCAGGACUCAAUCAAUGUCUUUGUACCGCUGCUCAUCAACGCCAUUCAGUACCUGCCAAUACCGAGACUGGAAGUCAGCACACCGGAGGCAGACGUCUUACUCGAGAAUCUCAUCAUUGAGCCAGGCCAGACCGUCAACCAGACCUCUUUCCUUCCAUACCGCCUCAAGGUCGAAACCUACAAUGAUCUCGAAAUUCGCAAAGCCAAGUUCCGAACCACGACCGCUACCACCAACCUGAUGACCAUCAAAAUCGACGGCCUUUCAGCGAAGGCGGAAGAGGUCGGUUUCUGGCUCCGGGCCCACAAAGGUGUCUUCCGUCUUGCAGAUGAAGGCAUCGCGAAUUUUGCCCUCGACGAGAAGGGCAUCGAUAUUCAUAUCGACGUCGAGAUCGGCCGCGAACGACUGGAGCAGAUCCUUACCCUCAAGGCCGUUCGCGUGCAUAUUCAUAAGCUCGACUACCAGUUCCGCAAGAGCAAGUUCAGCUGGUUAGGCUGGCUCUUCAAGCCUCUCCUUCGACCCAUCCUCCGCAAAGUCCUCGAGAAACAGCUCGCUGCAGGACUGGCGGAUUUCUUCCACGCUGCGAACCGCGAAUUGGUCUACGCAAGGGAACGAUUGAGAGCGACCCGAAUCGCCGAUCCAAAGGAUCUGCUUACGUUUUUCAAGGCUGUUGCGGCGAGAUUGCAGCCUGCCGAAGAUCCCGAUCUCUACACGCGGGUGGGUGUUGCGCAGCCUGGAAAGGGUGUUUUCAAGGGAGUGUAUGCUCCGGGAAGCAUUGUUAAGGUUUGGAAUGAGGAAGGUGCUAGGUAAGUCGUCACUGAUCUGGCUCUCAAAGACAUGGAAAGUAUGUAUGCUGACUGAUUUCGCAGGGCGACCGAGAGGAUUGAAGACUACGAAGCGGGUGGUUGGAGGAAUGAGAUUUUUGAUACGCAUGUGAGGAGUCUGACGUGA